AUGGCUUUUAAGAAUGUUGAUUACUCUCUUUACCUCGUGACAGACUCUACACCUAAUAUACUUGGGAAUAAAGAUCUAGUCGAGGUGGUAGAGGCCGCAAUCCGCGGUGGUGUUACUAUUGUGCAAUAUCGAGACAAAUUCAGCGACACAGCUGCUCUCGUUGCUACUGCCAGGAAAUUACAUGCCGUCACACAAAGAUACAAAGUACCUCUUCUAAUCAAUGAUCGAAUUGAUGUCGCUCUUGCGGUUGCAUGUGAGGGUGUGCAUAUUGGUCAGGAUGAUAUGGAUCUGAAGACGGCGAGGAUACUGUUGGGUAAGGAUGCAAUCAUCGGAGUGACAGUAUCCAGUAUCCAGGAAGCUUUGACAGCAUCCGAAGCUGGGGCAGAUUAUCUGGGAAUUGGCACUAUGUUCGCCACGCCAACGAAAACUAACACCAAGGAUGCCAUCGGAACUGCCGGAACGAAGAAAAUCCUUGAUUCUUUGUAUAAAUCAGGAAGCCAAGUGCGAACUGUUUCAAUAGGAGGCAUCAACUCAUCAAAUCUGCAGCGUGUCCUGUAUCAGUCGGCAGCAGCGGGAAAGCAGCUUGACGGUGUAGCUAUCGUCAGUGCCAUCAUAGCAGCACCAGAUGCCGAAAAAGCUGCCAGCGAGCUUGCCGAGCUCAUAUGGACCCCGGCCCCGUUUGUUUUAGCACAUCUACCAUUUGAUCAGACGAAGAAAGAUCCUCGCGAGCUUUUAUUACAGGUUCCAGGUGUCAUAGGAGAAGUUGCCAGGAAAACACCUUUAUCUCACAAUAUGACAAAUCUUGUGGUACAAAAUUUCGCCGCCAACGUUGCUCUCGCCAUUGGUGCCUCACCUAUCAUGGCAAACUAUGGGGAAGAGGCUGCAGAUCUCGCAAAGUUGGGAGGUGGUUUGGUCAUAAACAUGGGAACGGUUACUCCAGAAGGUAUACAAAAUUACUCACAAGCUCUAAGGGCAUACAACAAGGAAGGAGGACCAGUUGUACUCGAUCCAGUCGGUUGUGGGGCCACUGCUGUGAGAAGGUCAGCAGUCAAGACACUUCUAGCUGAUGGUUAUUUCGACGUCAUCAAAGGAAACGAGGGAGAAAUCAGAACCGUAUCUGGAUCACUUAUUCAGCAACGAGGCGUGGACAGUGGUGCGAGUACAUUAAGUCCCAUGGAGAAAGCAAUACUCGUGCGUGAUUUAGCAACGAGAGAGCGGAAUGUAGUCCUCAUGACUGGAGCAAUUGAUAUUUUGAGUGAUGGAGAACGAACUCUUGCGGUUUCUAAUGGGCAUGAAAUCCUGGGUAGGAUUACGGGAAGUGGCUGCGUUUUAGGCACCAUCAUCUCAGCAACGUUGGCCGUCAAUCGUGGAGAUAAGCUUCUGGCAGUACUAUCGGCAUUGCUUCACUUUGAGAUCGCAGCUGAAAUGGCAGCUGUGCGAGACGAUGUGAGAGGUCCGGGUACAUUUGUUCCGGCACUGAUUGAUGAAUUAUAUGCCCUACAAAUGGCAAACUCUCAGGGUGAUUUUCGAUGGUUAGAAAAUGCGAGAGUUGAAGUCAUAGUAUAG